CUCUUGCUUUCUUUUGUUUCCUUUGUUUGUUGCUUGAAUAAAAAUCCCUAAAGAUGCUUGUCUAUUUUGUGUAAGCAUAGAUGAUGUGGUAUGAGUAGUUGUGCAUUAGAAGACCUUGUGAAAUACAACACUAGGGCAUCAUAAGAUUAUAAAUCGAUACUAAGAUCAAGGGGGCAAUGGAAGAACAAAUGUUCUAUGAUUUCUUGAUGUUCCCAGUAAGCGGGACAGCAAUUAAGGUCAUUUACAUCUUGGGAUUGAAAGUACCACUGUUAUGGGACAAUCCAAGUACCACAUCGGUAAUACAAGAGAAGAAACCCUUGUAUAUUAGAGUCCACCAAGCCCAAUUAGUACAAGGCAUUUUGGGGAGGACACCCAAGAGUAAAACUGUGUUGGCUUGGCCCAAAGCGGACAAUAUCGUACUAAUUGAGCUGCCCGGUUUCGACAAGUGGUAUCAGAGCCUGGUUCGGCGAAUCUGGGGCGGUGGAUGUCAGUUUGGUGGGACCCUCAUUCGGUGGCCUCAAGAUUUGAUAUCUGCGUUUGUCUAGCGGGUCAAAGGUGAUUCGCAUAUGUUUGGUGGAUCCAGGAGAGAUCCACGUUUGGGCUUUGGCGGAUAAAAAGAGAGUUCCGCGUCUGGUAAAGUCCUUGUACCGAGAAGCCCAUCAAUACAAGGCGUUUGGCAGAUCAAGAUAAUCGCUGACAUGAGGACACAAAGUUCGUGGUCCUUGUCUUGAGGGGAGGAUUGUUAUGGGACAAUCAAGUACCACAUAGGUAAUACAAGGGAAGGAACCCUUGUAUAUUAGAGUCCACCCACUUGUCAUACCGGGGUGCUUAAUUAGUACGAAAUUGUCCGCUUUGGGCCAAGCCCGCACGGUUUUACUCUUGGGUGUCAUCCCCAAAAGGCCUCGUACUAAUUAGGCCAGGUGGACUCUUAUAUACAAGGGUUCCUUCCCUUGUAUUACCAAUGUGGUACUCGGAUUGUUCCAUAACAUUCCUCCCCUCAAGACAAGGACCACGAACUUCGUGUCCUCACCUCAGCGAUUAUCUUGAUCUGCAAGACACCUUGUAUCGAUGGGCUUCUCGGUAUAAGGAUUUUCUCAGACGCGGACCUCCCUUGAUCCGCCAAAGCCCAAACGUGGAUCUCUCCUGGAUCCACCAAACAGACGCGAAUCACCUUUGACCCGCUAGACAAACGCAGAUCUCAAAUCCUGGGGCCACCAAAUGAGGGUCCCACCAAACUAAUGUCCACCGCCCCAGAUUCGCCAAACCAGGCUCUGAUACCACUUGUCCAAACCGGGCAGCUCAAUUAGUACGAUAUUUCCCGCUUUGGGCCAAGCCCGCACGGUUUUACUCUUUGGUGUCCUCCCCAAAAGACCUCGUACUAAUUGGGCUAGGUGGACUCUAAUAUACAAGGGUUCCUUCCCUUGUAUUAUCGAUGUGGUACUUGGAUUGUCUCAUAACAACCUCCAUAGUUGGCAAUACCACUUUUAGACACUGCCAGAGGAAAAUUUUCAAUUCAGGGGGAUAUUAGUCACCGAAGUUCUCCUCUAGAUUGGGGUGUCAAUAAUAGAAGUUGAUGGUUUGCGACUAGAAAUUAGAAUUGACUCUGAAGCGAGGUUGUAGCCCGUUUUAACUAGAUAAACGAUUCUAGUAAAAUGCCAUAUUCGCUUAUCUUCUUGGGGAAGAUGGGGGAUGGAGAUUUUGCAGAUAAUGUCGAUCGUCUUACUUUCAAAGCAAUAUUUCAAUCUUUGGGACAUUUCUAAUCCUUCUUGAAUGAAGGAAAUCCUUUGUGAUCCAUUAGUGACCAACAGUCUUAAAGAUGAGACUGUGGUUUUAUCUGCGAGGACCCAUUUAUUCGAGAAGACGUCUAUAUUCUUAACAUUCCUAAUUUGCUAACGUAGUCCUUGUAGCAGUAAUUCUCAUCUAAACAAAAUGAUUCUCCAAUCCCACGAAGGGUUUGACCCAAUUGGGUAUUUGGAAUCGAAUUUUGGUUGAAGUAACAACUUUUAUAAAUUAAGCUGAGCAGGGAAUUUGGACUCAUCCAAAUGCACCAACAAAGCUUUGAUAGGAGAGCUUCAUUAAAAGCUCUAAAAUCCCAAAAUUCCAGUCCACCAUAGAAUUUACUCUUGGCUAAUCCCUUCCAAGGUACCCAACGGAUUGGAUGAUCAUAAUUAGUAGAGGUGGCCCAUCGAAAUUUGGCUUUUAUAAAUUAGAACUAGUUUGGCACAACUGUAGCUUUUACAAAAACAAACUUCUCACUGGAGCUUUUAACCUCAUUUAAAUCUAAUGACUCCAAUCAAUCUAAUUUAAUGGA